AGCUUCCAGUCGGGAGCAAGAGCAGAGCAAGAGUGGUGCAACAAACCAUCAGAUGUUCAAGGAAGGCCAUUUUCUCCAUGGGAACACUCAGGCCAUCAUAUGUCACAGACCCCUGCCAUACAACAAGAGUCUUCAGAGUGGUCAAUAUCUAACCAGACCCCAUAUAGCUUUCAGGAUACAAGACAAAGCCAACAGGUUCUACCUCAUGCACCUACACCACAACAAUGGCAAACAGGGUGGAACAUGCCCAAUACGUAUACAUGGCCAUCUCAGGAUACAAGACAAGGCCAGGAUGUUCUUUCUCAUACAAAUGCACCCACUGCACAACAGGGACCUUCAAGGCGGUUCAUCAAUAAUCAGUGCACACCUGUAGACAGAACAGUGUUAGAGGCACUGAGAGAGAUGGACCUGAAGAUUACUUACCUCACAUCACUUGUUGAGUCUUUUGUGGGUGGCCGCCGAAUUUUGCCCCCACAACAGGUCCAAGAUGAGGAGGAAAUGAAUAUUUUCCUACUAAAUUCAAUGGAGACCCUAGAAGAUUUAGAGAAGAGGCUGUUGAACAAUGGACUGAAGCAGAGGAUGACCAACACACUCUCACUAAGUGGAGGCCACACAAUGAAAAAGACAAUAUGGCGGAUUGCCAGCAAGGUCUUCACCCCCAACCUGGCAAAAAGCCUUAACUGGUGUGGCAGGGGAGACAAGCGAGGUUUAAAGCAGACAGCCUGUGGACAGCUUAUUAUUGCUGCCGCAGUGAAGAACCCAGCGCUACCAGCUCCCACGGAAGCAGAAGCUGAAAAAUGCCUAAAGGAUUACCUCCGCCUGGCACCAGCAGGACGCUAA